CAUGGCGCUACAUUUCUUCGAGGAGCAGGCACAUACAGCCCUGUAUCGGAAAUACAGGCUUCCUUCGCCCAGUGAAAUCCACAGCCUGAUCUUCAGCUACCUGCAGAGGAAGAAGGGGGAGCCAUUCAACCUCGCAGUGGAUAUUGGAUGUCGCUCGGGUCAGAGCACCAGGGGAAUGGCACCUUACUUUGAAAAAGUGAUUGGGAUUGAUGUGAGUGAAUCUCAGAUUGAAGAAGCCAAGAAGGUGGAUGGACCUGAUAAUGUCUCUUACAGACGGGGCUUUGCGGAGGAACUGGAGUUCGAGGAUGGUUCCAUUGACCUGGUAACAGCGGGAGCAGCGGCGCAUUGGUUUGACAUGGAGAAGUUUAUGAAGGAGGCUUCUCAACACCAUGGGGGUGUCCAGUGAGACUGUCGUGGAAUUCGGUGUCAAAUAUUUUUGCCUCUUGGCGAGCAAACCUGAGUGAUGUCCGCAGGCCUUCUCCCAGAGCCUUUCCUGGCCAAACUACACAGACUAACUUCAAUCGAUAGACCCUCUAAAUCUCCCAGGACAGGAGUUCAAUCAGAAAUGGGAUCCAAUUUUUAAACACAAUAAAUAGGUGGAUUGCUUGAACUGGGGCGAUGGAUUUAAAAAUCCAUUUGCUGUGGUUACUCAUCAUCAGCUUUUAUUGA